GUAAAUUAAAGAGACCUUGAUGAGGGGUCUGAAAUAAUUCUCAUCUAGGACAUGGGUUGACCUGACCGGAAGGACCGUUUGGUACUCUCUUAUGGAAACAGGGGUCGGGUGCUGGAAACAAGAUGGUCAGUGGUUGUCAUCCCCGAUCUAUACCAACGGUUCGGAAAUGUCAGUAGAUGUAAAGGAUGGGGUAUCGGUCGUCCUCCCAGAAGAUGGGGCGUGGACAGAUCUUGAGCCAGCAUAUCAAACCGUAAUGCUGGAAGGGGAGGACGCGUUCCUUUGGAUAGAAACGGUGUGGACUGAAGUGAGCUUGACGAGGUUGUCGCCAAGCUUAAUGGAUUUGAAGUUUCGAGGGACGGUGGAAGCUCGGGGGUGGGUCUACUUGUCGCAAGAGGAUGAGAACGCUAUGGUCAUAAAUCUGGUGUUAGGAAAUACGCCAGAUGAGUUGUUUAGGAAGGCAGAAAGGAAGGUUGUAUGGGUUGCAUGUCAGCAGGCGGAAAUGAAAAUGGAAAGGGUAGAUGUGCGAGUGAAACUUGGGGAUAGAGGAAACAUGAGGCGGCCCGUCAGGACCAUGCGAUGUGUGUUGCCUCCCUUUCUGGUGGAUGCGGUCUUCGGAACCCGGAGCAGGCUAGUACAGAUAUGCCGGUCCAUGACGACCCUCAGACUAUACCAAUGCGCCAGGCAUGACUUCUUCCGGUUAUCGGUAGAAAUGAGACCGUUUGAAGGGAAUUGGGCGGAGGAGCUGGUCGAGAUGCUAAGCUGUCUCAGCAUAGAAAAUGUCUUUGUCCCUAGCUCUGUACAUUGGGAGAUAGUCUACAGGAACGUGGCAGUAGGGAAGACAUUCUUGGAAGGAGUGAAUGAACUGUUCUAUAACGAGGAGGACGACUUCAGUGAUGAGGACGAAGGAGGUGAAAUAGAGGAUUGGGACUUCUAAGGCGGGGGACUUACUUAAUGAAAUCGAGUGGCCUGA